UAAUAUCUUAACGUCUAUAAGUGGAAGGUUUGCUAUGGGAGGAUCACCACUAUCACCAACUCACCAUGAGUGAACCUAAAAAGCUUCAUGUCGCUCUGUUUCCGUGGCUGGCAUUUGGUCAUAUAAUCCCAUUUUUUGAGCUUGCCAAACACAUAGCCCAAAGGGGCCAUAACAUCUCCUUCAUAUCUACUCCUAGAAACAUCCAACGAUUACCCAAAAUCCCUUCAAAUUUGGCACCGCUUGUCGAUUUAGUGAGCCUCCAUUUACCCAUUGUUAAACAUCUUCCACGGGAUGCAGAGGCUACCAGUGACUUGCCUUCCCAGAAAGUUCCAUACCUCAAGAUUGCCUACGACGGCCUCCAAGGCCCUCUUCUUCAGUUCUUGAAAACUUCUUCGCCAGAUUGGAUCAUUUGCGACUUUGCUCAGUACUGGUUGCCUCCCAUGGCUUCUAAUCUUGGGAUCUCGCUUGCCUUCUUCAGUAUUUUAGGUGCAUGGAGUGUAUCUUUCUUUGGAUCAUCAUCGUCUGCCAUGAUUAAGGGUGAGGAUCCACGGUCUCAGCCAGAAGAUUUCACUUUAGUUCCUGAGUGGAUCCCUUUUCCUUCCAAGGUUGCAUUUAAGCUCCACGAGGCGAAGCGAAUUUUUCAAGCUGAGGUAAAAGAUUCAGAUGUAGGUGUCUCUGAUAUGUUUCGUGUAGGAUCAGUUCUUGCAGGUUGUGAUGUUAUAGCUGUUCGGAGCUGCAACGAGCUAGAGGCGGAGUUCUUGAGGCUUCUCGGAGAGCUUCACGGCAAGCCUUGCCUUCCAAUAGGUUUAUUGCCACCUGAUGAUCUUGAUGCCACUUGUAGCGAAGAAGACGAUACGUGGCUCACAAUCAGAGAGUGGCUAGACAAACAAAACAAAGGUUCCGUGGUAUAUGUAGCAUUUGGAAGCGAGGCUGAACUGAGUCAACCUGAGUUAAACGAAUUGGCACUUGGGUUGGAGUUGUCAGAGUUGCCAUUCUUCUGGGUUCUGAGGAAACAGGACAGCUCAGUGGAGUUACCAGAUGGAUUUAAAGACCGAGUUAAGGGACGAGGAAUUGUGUGGACGAGCUGGGUACCUCAACUCAGAAUAUUAGGUCAUGAAUCAGUAGGAGGAUUUUUGACCCACUGUGGUUAUGGUUCAGUUGUAGAGGCACUUUAUAGUGGACUUGCACUGAUUAUGUUGCCAAUCAAUAUCAUAGACCAGGGGCUAAUUGCAAGAGUUUUUGGAAAGAAGAAGGUGGGUGUAGAGGUGACAAGAGAUGAGUCAAAUGGGUCUUUCACAAAAGAAUCGGUGGCUGAUUCGCUGAGGUUGGUGAUGGUUGAAAAGGAAGGAGAAGAAUAUAGAGAUAAUGCAAAGGAGAUGAGGAAGCUAUUUGCAGAUAAAGGUUUCCAUGAUCAAUACUUGGACCAUUUUGUUGAGUUUCUGCAGAAUGAUCACUGAGUUUCCUUCAGGCGUGAACCCAGCUUCCUCUUGUUUCUUCUUCUUCAUUUUCGGUUUAUUAAAUGUUAAAAAAAAUAAUGAAAAAUGUAAAAAAAAUAAUGAAAAAUGGUGAAGUGGUCUAGUGUUUGUUUCAUGGUUUGAUUGGACCCAUUGUACCCGGUGGUUAACAACCAGCAAAUCAACUUAAGCAUGGGCCAUUAUUCGGCUUUAAUAA